AUCAUGUGACUCCGGUAAGUCAUUUGCAAGUACAACAGUCCUCUGUGCGCCCCCAUUCAUUUCCUGCAAACAGCAGCUGAGAGAAGAGACACUGUAUAGGGAAGGAAAUAUUUCUCCUCUACAGCUUUCCACCAGUGCUCGAACAGCAAAGACACCUUUGAGAACAUAAUGCUAAUGCUUGAUGGGAUGCCGAUGGCAAGAGUCAAACCAGAGCUUCUGGAAUCUGAGCGAGGGUCUCCACGAACCCCUAACUUUUCAGAUAUGGAAGCUGUUCCAAUCCUGCUUAAUAAUAUGAAAGCAGAACCUCCAGAGGACUUACUUUCCACCGAUCAAUAUCAGACGCAAACUGAGCCAGUGGACUUGUCCAUUAACAAAGCCCGAACAUCACCAACAGCAGUAUCGUCAUCACAGUCCUCACCCAGCUCAGUGACAACAAUCUCAGUCUCUUCAAUGUCCUCUUGCUCUCCUCGAUUGACUUCAUCCCCAACUGUGAUUACAUCGGUGUCCUCAUCAUCAGGAAUGUCAACAGUAUUAGCAUCAGGCUCCAUUGUGGCAUCUUCACCAGCUAUUGGAGGCCAACAAUACUUGCACAUAAUCCAUCCAAUGCCACCUUCAAAUCCAAUGAACUUUCAGUCCAGCAAACUGAGUCAUGUACAUCGCAUUCCAGUGGUUGUACAGUCUCUUCCUGUGGUCUACACUGCCAUGAGGUCUCAGAGGAACCUCAACUCAACCAUUGUACUCCCAAUGUUGGAGGAUGGCAGAAGUCAAAUGAAAGUGGACGCUCCACAGUGCAUUGUGAAAAAACCUUUCAGCCUGCAACCUCACAGUAUUAUUCCACACAACCACUCCUGGCACCAUAAUAUAAUUGAAGGGGAGAUAGCACAACUGAGAAGCUUGUCACCUGGCCGCAUCAAAAGUGAUAGUGAAGAUGAUGAUCUGCCAAAUGUGACUUUGGACAGUGUUAAUGAAACUGGAUCCACAGCACUCUCUAUCGCACGAGCUGUUCAAGAUUCGGAUUCACCUUUCAGUGUUGAGGGUACAAGACUACAGCGAAGAUCUGAGUCCCCUGAUUCGAAGAAACGGCGUAUACACAGGUGUGAUUUUGAGGGCUGCAAUAAAGUGUACACAAAAAGCUCUCAUUUGAAAGCACAUAGGAGGACGCAUACAGGUGAAAAACCAUAUAAAUGCACAUGGGAAGGCUGUACGUGGAAAUUUGCUCGUUCAGAUGAGCUGACAAGGCACUACCGCAAGCACACGGGAGUGAAACCCUUCAAGUGUGCAGACUGUGACCGUAGUUUCUCACGUUCAGAUCACCUGGCACUGCAUCGUCGGAGACACAUGCUUGUUUGAAAGUGCUUUCAAAAACAGUGGGGCAACGGAGCAGGAUCUCCUCCAAAUCCCCAGGAUUCAGCUGGGCUGAAUUAUGAAGUGUAUCAAUUGAGGAGACAUCUCCAAUCAUCCAAAAGGAGAACAAGUUAAAAAGCACUCUAAUCUUUCCCAUUGCUGACAGUCAAAACUAACCGUCAGUGAUUUGGCAAUUUUGACGAUUUCAGUUUGGCCUGUGAUCUUGUCCAAGGCUAUUCACAAUCAGUUGCUGCAUUUUUUAGAAAAAGUUCUCAUUUUAAAUCAAUUUAACAUUACUAGGAUUCUUCAACUACUGGAUAAACCUAGCAGGCCGGUAUUUAGUGCUGAAUUUAAUUUACCCAUUGUUUCUAUUCCACUUGCUUUUAUAUUCAUUCAGAAAGCGCUACCCAUUGUAGAGACUACUUUUGAAAAAUGGUAAGAAACAAGCGAGGAUAAAGACUUGAUGAUAUUUUCCUCUAUUCCAUACUCAUGCCCUAAAAAACAGUGCACGGAGGAUAGUAUAGUCCAUAGUUGAUGAAGUGAAUUAUAUGCCAGUGCUGUGUCAUGGAUCAUGAUGGACAGGUUAUUAUUCUGCAACAGAAUUAAUGAAAACUCCUCCUCUAGUUGAAAAAUUACAACUGCUGCAGUGAUCUGUACUGGGCUACAUAAACAAACUCGGGAUGGAUAGGACAUGGGAUGAGAGAGAAGAGGGGAUAAUGGAGGCAUUAUAGCUUCAGUAAUUUGUUAUACAUCAUAGUGCACUAUAACUUGGUGCUUAUGCUUUUCCAAGUAUCCUGCCACCUGCAUGAUUGCACUCACCAGGAAUUAUGCAUUUCUCACAAGAACUACAUCAAUCCAGUUUUGCUUUUCUUUCAGUUGCAUAGAGGCGUAUUACAUGGUGUCAGGAGAUGGAUUAUCAAACUAUCUGAUGUACAAAUUAGAAAUUUUUUUUUCAUUUUUGUUGAGCUAAGGGUUAUUGAUUCUGUUCGAAGUCUGUAAGCCUAUCCUAGAUUUUAAUUGAAUUCAAUGGGCUAUCAUAAAUGCCAGAAUCCUUAUUUCAUUUUAAUUGUUUCCAUCAGCAACAGCAUCUUGCAGAACUAUAGCAUAAAAAAAAGCUAUAACAUUGGCCACAAUAUUAGUCGAAAGUAAAUUUAUGAUUAGAUACAGUGUUUUAAUUGGCCUUUAAUAAUGGUAGUAUGGUCAAUAUAUAGCAUAAUUCCUGUUCCACGUGGAAAGGAUUCUCUACUUGUUAGCCUUCGAUUGAUGCUGUUGGUGUGAUUGUUUACAGCCACAGCAUCUUUCACAGCUGUAGCAUCUUAACCAUACAGAACUCCCCACUUAUUGUUUACUGGCACUGUCCAUUGGAUCACAUAAUACUCAACAUAAAAUGUAAGAUGAAAAUAGGAAGAGGUUCUGCAGAUGGCAAACAGAGGUCAUGGGAAAAAAAAUGUGAAGUUAUUUCAUUAAUUAUUGCUUAAUUUUACCAUUGAAGAAUUUGCUGCAGCUCUCCAGAGUUGGUCAUUAUUAGGAGUUUCUAUAUUACGGUGUAUUACUGUACAGAUUUGAAGUGCAUGAAAUAGAUUCCUUUUUACUUAACAAACAGUUAAGUAAGAACUAAGAUCCACUUUGCUGGUUUCAAUUGCAGCACCUAAUCAUAAUGUUCCUUGCAUCUAGUAGGUCUUCUUUAAGCGAUCACUGUCUUAAAUGACACAGGCACAAUUAAGCUCUUUCGCCUCACUGUUGGGGGGGAAGUGACAUGAGUUUUUUUUUAAAAAUGAGUGUUUAUUCAUAUUUUCUUGACUAGUUCAAAUCUACUUUGUAAAAUUGUGUGUAUAGUAGAUGACAGUUCAUUCCACUCAUCUGCUUUAAGACAGCAAUAUUUCUAGGAAAAAAAAAGCAAAGUCAAAAAAAGACUGAUAAACAAAGCGCAGAGCUGUUCUUAUUGAUAGUCAAAGCCUGCCAGUAGCAUCUUCUAACCCGAUUAAUGUGACGUUACAUCACGUGAAGAAGAGAAAUGAGAGUCGGAGGCGUCUUUCUUCUGAGCUGAUUUCUACUUGUCUUCUCUUCAAGGCAGCAUGUUUGUACAAAUGUGAAAAUGGAGUACUAACAGUGCCGCGUUCAUUCUUGUGUUGCACAAAUUGUCAAUAAAGUUAAAAGUAUUAAACCCUUUCCCACCUCACAGGGCAGGAUUCUUCAGGGAGUAUACUGUUGGCCUUCACAUAAAACUGACAAACACCACCUUAAGGGACAGAGCAAUGAACGUUUAACACCUUAUUUCCCUCUGCAAAUUCUAUAGGUUGCCUCAAGUGGCCUACCUUGUGAAAAUACCCAUUCCACACACUAUGAAAUGAAAUACCUUGACUGAACUGUGUUUUACAAAAUAAACAUCAAGCUCAUAUCUGAAUUUACUAACAAAACGAAAAGUACUAGUGAAGGCCAAGGUUUAAAGAUGAAGGUAUGAUUUCUUGAAGAUGGAUAUUGUCCUUAAAUAUUACCAGCUCCUUUUGAAGCCACAAAGACACAAUGUCUUGCACUUUGAAUUCGCCUCAGUUGAGAGAAAAAAAAGAUUUAUACAGGGAUUAACAUCCAAACUCUCAAAAACCAUCCUGAUAUUUUACUGUACUAGUUAGGACAUCUAUUUUAAAUAUUGUAUUAUAUGUGAAAGUUCAAAGUAUUUUGAGAGUCAUAGUUUUACAUAGACUGUAAAUAGUGGUGGGGGAAAACUAAAUUGGAAGGCUUCUAAUUUUCAUUCUAAAGUGCACCCAGUGACCUUUGCGAAGAAAAGAUUCAAAUUGGCUGAUUUAUGAAAGGACUAGCAUAAAUCCUGCAAUAGUUUUUAAACAUCAGUGUUUUAUUCUUUAGGAAUAAAUCCCAUUUUUGAGUCUUCUGAAGAAGCUUUCCUUUUCUUGAUCUUUGUACACUAUUUAGUUCAGGCAAUAAGUAUGUGACAUGUUUACUAACAUUUAUGUAAGUGUUGUUCUUGUAUUUAUGUACAAUGUAUGUAUUGUAAAUAUAUUCAGAACUUUUCAUCUUACUGUAAAAUGCUGACAUCACCCAGAAAUGUAAAGGGAGUCCCAGUAAAGAAAUUUUGAGAGCGGAUGUUCUGUUUCUCCCCAGUCUGAAAGACAAAAAAAUGAACAAGUGUUUAGUUUUCCAUGUGUCCCAAAAUGUCUCCGUUAGUGCUUUGCGUUUCUGUAUUCAACUUUCAUAUGAGCUGAGCUGUGAAUUGAAAAACUAUAGUACACAUCUUUAAAUGUAUGCAUUUGUAAUUACCUGAAAUAUGAAUGGAGGCAUGAAGGUUAAAUAAACUUGCUUUUGUAUGUAA